AUGCGGAUAAUGGCGUUACUAGCAAAUUCACUGUCAAUACGAUUAAUAUAAACAUCAAAUAUGUGACAUAAUUACUUUUCAAAAUUUGGUACGUAUGAAAUUCGCAGCAAAUAACUCAGAUGUCAUUCAAGGAAAGACGAAACGUUACACGCAUGCAGAGCAAAUUAAAAUACCAACUAGACGAGUUGGAAGAUAGCAUCAAGUACGAAUGGAAUACCCUUACGCUGGACAAGUCGGUUAAAAAUCUAAUCGAAGAUCAUCAGACGGAGAUAAUUCACCAUUUAGACCAAAUGAGGCAUCACUUGGAAAGGCUCGGCCACCACAAGAAGCGGCUGGACGAUAUCGAAGUCGAGCAGAAGAAAGCGGAAGCGGGCGAACUUGCCGAAGAGAAAUUGCGACUUAAAUUGCGACGAGUCUCCAAAACUUCGUCGCUAAAGUACGUGUUGCAGUGGGAGAACAUUCUUGAGCAGCAAAAUAAUGCGGGGGUGCUGAAUUCUGUGAACUUUAGAAAUCAGAGGAGCUCAGAUGAGUUCCCAGUGACACAUGCAAUGGUCAGAAGCAGAAUUGAAGAAUUUGAAGGAAUACGCAAACCGAAGCGGGCUUCUUCAACGGUUGAGACAUUCUUGGAAUUUGGCGGUGAGAGUCCUAGGCGUAUUAAAAGUUACUCGAUCAUUGAAGAUGCUGAAGGUGAAGUUGAAGAUAAAGGAGACAGUUCACAGUCAAAUCUGCAGAUCGGCGACAGUAAUCAGUCAUCUAAGCCACGGAUCGUGCAAAUACACUAUAAGCAGCCGAGACAAAGCGAAGGAGAAUGUUUGUCUAAUAGUUUGUAAGCCACUGCAUUGGAAAAGCAGUAAAUUUUGUCUUGAAACUUUUUUUUUAUUCGUAACGUAUCACCCUGUACAUAAAAUCACACGAAUACACUUCAAGGUUCUGCCUGUUUUAGAUCGA